CGAUAGGUAUUGUUUGCCUUUCAUUUUAAAUAAAAAAUUUUAAAUGAUUUUUGGUCUCAAAAUGAUUGAUGAACGAAUAAAAUGAACUAAUCCUUAGGAUCAUCACAAAGAGAUUUUGAAUAAAAUCCUAUUCCCAAUUACAUGACCAAAAAUCUCCAGCUACUGCAUGUAAGAGGUCUUUGGUAUGGUAGUCGUGUGGUGUUAUUACUUUGUUUGCAUAUAUUUAUUUGAAAAUGAUCCUCUUCGAAUUCUUUUUGUUAAGAUUCCGAAGAUUUAUUGUACAUUGUGCGUACGAAAACUGACCGUACGAUGUAUGAUAAACGAAUGUAAUUGAAGGAUUUUUAGUGCUAAUGUACGUGUACACAGCUCAUCGAACUUCUUCACCUAAGCUUCAUUCAUAUAAAUAAUCUGAUAUGCUAUACACACACACACACACACAUUGAAAGCAAAGUCUCAAGUUUCUGAAAUGGUUUGCUUUUGUUUCCUGGUAGACCAGAGGAGGAAGGUGUGGCGGAGCAAGCCGGUGGCUGGGACAUGUUCAAGAUGUGGGUGUGGAGCAAGCGUCGCUGACAUAAAGACUUCGACUAGGUUUUGCUAUAUUCCAGUUUACUGGAAAUCUUGGAAAGCAAUCAUGUGUACUUUUUGUGGAGCCAUUCUCAAAUCUUAUAGAUAAAAUUUCUGCAGAUAUAUGUUAUUGUUAACUUCACAGAAUAUUUUGGUGUGAGUAAAGGUGUAUGGAACUGUAAAUAUAGGCGGCUUGCUGUUGGUUAGUCAUGGAGUGGAAUAUGGAGACGAGGAUUUUGCUCUAAGUAUAUAAAUUUUACUCUGUUGAGAAAGUAUUGUGAAGAAGUGGAUAAUUAAUUAUAAUUAACUCCAAUUACUAUGAACUGGUUGUUAAGUUGUAGUUUGUAUUUUAACAACUAUUAUUUUAAUAUUUUCUUUCUUCC